CGGCUCUGGGCGUCCUAGGACUCGCCUAGCUGCGGCCGGCGGCCAUCUUAGGAGUGAACAAGUGCUUUCUAUACAUUCAGAAUGAGUACUUUGCCUCCUGUGCUGAUACAGUGUCCAAAGAGAUAUCCCAGUCUCGUGGAGCAGAUGGUUUGCCCUUCAAUAAAACUUGCAAGGAUUCAUUUGAUCAAAGACAAAGAUGCCAUAGAUCAUUAUUUGUCGAUGAAUAUCAAAGGGUUGUCAAAACAAGAGGCUGCUGCUUACAGGAAUUCAUACAAGAAGAACAUCUGCAUAGACAUGCUGCGACAGGGUUAUCACAAGUCCUUCUCUGAGCUCUUCACUCUGAUACAGAAAUGGAAUGCCUUGAGGGAGGCUGCAGGGCCUGGGUCAGCCAUAUGGCAGCAGAAGUCCCUGGAGGAGCAGCCUGAUAAGCUGGAUCAGCUUCACCAUUUCCUGACCAGGGCUGAGGCAGCCCAACGAGCCGAGUACUAUGAGGAGGUGUACAAUAACCAACUUAAGUUGGCCUACUGCUUCAACAACACUGAGGACAAAUGGUUAAGGAAUUACUUUUAUGAACAAUGUCUUAGCACUGCUCAGCUGAUCAAAAUCGAUGGAGGGAAAAAAGAGUCUGAAGCACAUGCAAAUAUGGGCCUUGUCAAUGAGGAACAAGGUCUGUUCAUGAAAGCUGCUGAGCAUUAUGAAACAUUCCAUCAAUUGACACUGGGACGGAUGUGGAAUGAUGAGACAGGCCAUACUUACAACUCACUGGCCUGUGAGCAUCUCUGGAGAAUUUACACAUUACUAGCAGACAAAAUGCUAGAAAAUAAAGAACACCAACAGGCCAUCAAAACUCUAAUAAAAGCUUUUGAAAUGGCAAAAAAAGGAGGUGAUAAGAAGAUGGAAGGAGAAGCUGCCUAUUGUUUGGGGCUAGCCUAUCAUUCUGCUGGAGAAGAAAAGACAGCAAUAAUAACUCUGAACACCUACAAAGAAAUCUCCACAGAACUGUGUGAUAUUGUUGGCCUAGGCAGAGCAUAUCAAGCUAUAGCCAAGGUCCUGGUAAGUCAAGUAAAAGUGACUGAGGCUAUUGAGUACUUGGAAAAGUUUGUGACAGUUGCCAAGAGUGCUCAGCUAAGCCGAAGUCUAGUGGAUGCAUGCAUAUCCCUUGGAGAUAUUUACAAUGAAAGAGGGAACUAUUACAAAGCCUGUGAAUAUUUCAAUAAGGCUUUUGAGGCAGCAAACACUCUAACUGACUUGCCCCUGGUGGAUGAAACGAAGGUUUAUUACGGCAUCGCAAAAGCUCAUAACAUGAUGGUGGCAGUUAACAGUCAUACAGAUGCUGCAGAUCACGUCAGCAUUGAGUACCUGCUGGCAUGGAAGGAGAAUAGAAGUGACAUGUGCACUGACCCUUUUACAGUUGAGCUUGCUAAAGACACAAGUGAUGUUUUGGAGACCAAUGAACUAUUUCUGCAGACCCCAGUUCAAGAACCUCUAUGAGAAUUCCAGCUCACUCAGAAAGAAAGCUCUGAACCCUUUUGAUGAAGUCAAGAAGAUCCUUGUUAGAAAAUAUACAGAAAAACAUUUGCGUUUCAGCUUGUAAUUUUAAAAGGAGCACAGGGUUGCUUUGCAAGCGCCCAGCAACAUUAGGCCCUUGUAUGACUGGUGUCAGGUUCAAUAUGUGUUGCAAAGUUUUUUAUCUUAACUAUCCUGCAUUGUUGAAAUAAAAUACAAAAGGAAUGGUAGCGUUAGAAAGGAAAACCAAUAUAGUUACCUAUUACGUAUCUAUCCUACAGUGUACCUCCUGUGAGGUGCUGAGCACCCUUAGCUCCCACAGAAGGCAAUAGGAAUGGGAGUUGAGGAUGUUCAGCAAGAUCAUGCUCUAAACAUAUAUGCUAAUUUUAACACUAAUAUCCAGCAUUUUGUCCAUUUCUGUAACAGUACACUCAGAUUUUGACCCCUUUUACACAGGGCCUUCAGUUGAGUUUAACAAAAGUGCUUAACAGCUGUGACUCAACUGGGUUUUAACAUGGUUAGAAAAGAUCCAGCCUGGUUGGUGCACUAUAGCAUGGUUUAGAUCUAGGUUAUAAUACAGUUUGGCCCUAACCAGCUUCAGCCACAACUAGGUUUGUUUAAGCUGUGAUUAAGCAUAACUAUUAAACUCUCUUGAAAGCCCUGUAUAAACAAAGCAUUUGAAAUGCUGUUUACCGUUCCUAGUAAAACAAUAACCCAACGUAACAGUGAAACAAGUAUAUUGAACAUGGAUAUUUUUUGUCAUAUUGAAAAUCUGUAUUUAACACGUUCAAAGCUACACAAGACACCUUUUAAAAGUGCACCCUGUGCUUGUUCUUGUAAUCAAACAAACUAAAAUCCAUGGAGACUGAUUUUAGCUAAUAACCCGCUAAUAAUCUAAAACUCUGAUUCCUUUUGUAUGGUGAAGUCUGCUUGGAGAAAUUUAUUCUAGUUUGAGUUGAUAAAUUCUUCUUGUCAGGAGAUUCCCCUCAUGAUUCUUAGCAGGCAAACUUCAGUAGGCUUUCACAGUUCUCUGUGGCCAUUUUCAGGGCUGCUGUAACCAUUGACCUGGAUAGAAGCUAGGAGGAUAGAAGAUUGAGAUUAUCCUUCUGAGAAAUGUAAUAAAAGUAGAAUGUUGGGACCCUUUGAGUUUUAUUUGGAAAAAUUGAUUCAGUUUAUCAUAUAUUUCAGAAAACCAGAUCUUAGAUCUUUCAGAUCUAAAUAAACAAAGGUUUAUGAGUCCAAAUAAUUGAGAUUUUUUUCUUUAACAACAAAGCCUCCCAGGUUCAGACUCUGAAGGAGGCUCCAUUAGGUCUUUGGUCAGUUUUUAGGACAGUCCUGUGAAAGUGAGAGCCUUAGCCAUAACAAUAACUCUAUCCACUGGUUCUCUUCAGGGCUGCAAUCUGUGGAACUGGUUAAGAACAUCUGAUAAUAGGAUUUGUUUCUAUUAACGCUAUGCAAAACAUACAACAUUUCUAAAUCCAUCUGCACAUUUUUGACCAGGAUGCAUAAAUGCAACACACAUACAAUACAUCUGACACAGUGUGAUGGGUUCAGUCACAGAGACCCUCUUGGGACUGUCACGUGACAUGCUGAGAUUACCUCUGAGCCCGUUUUCCCUACUAGCUUGGGACUCCAGAACCCUGCCUUGUUAAACUAGACAUGCUAGCCUGCUGCAACACAGACCCAGGUCUGGUCCACGCCCCAAAAGCAGCAGACUUUAACCAAAAACUGCUCAGCAGGUUACGUAUCUCCAGCACCCAGACACCCAGCUCCCAAUGGGAUCCAAACCCCAAAUAAAUCCGUUUUGCUCUGUAUAAAGCUUAUACAGGGUAAACUCAUAAAUUGUCUGCCUUCUAUAACAUUGAUAGAGAGAUAUGCAAAGCUGUUUGCUCCCCAGGUAUUAAUUGCUUACUCUGGGUUCAAUAAUAAACAAAAGUAAUUUUAUUAAAAAUAAAAAGUAGGAUUUAAGUGGUUUCAAGUAAUAACAAACAGAACAAAAUAAGUCACCAAGCAAAAUAAAACAAAACAUGCACGUCUAAGCCUAUUACAUUAAGAAACUGAUUACAGGUAAAAUCUGACCCUCAGAGAUGUUCCAAUAAGCUUCUUUCACAGACUAGACUCCUUUCUAGUCUGGGCCCAAUCCUUUCCCCUGGCACAGACCUUGUUAGUUUCAGCAGACAUCUGAGGUGGAAACUCAGGGUUUUCUCCUGACUGGCCCCCCUUUGUUCUAUUCCACCCCCUUUAUAGCUUUGACAUAAGGUGGGUAUCUUUUGUCAUUCUGGGUCCCCACCCCUCCUUCUAAAUGGAAAAGCACCAGGUUUAAGAUGGAUUGCAGUAUCAGGUGAUAUGUUCACGUGUCCUGUGUAACCCCAGCCUCCAUUCUUCCUGGGCUGGCUCACACGAACACAGAAAGUCUUGCAAGUAAACAGAACCAUUUACAACCAAUUGUCCUAAUCAAUGGGAGCCACCAAGAUUCUAAACCACCAUUAAUGGCUCACACUUUGCAUAAUUACAAUAGAACCUCAGAGUUAUACUUCAUAUUUCUAGCUUCAGAUACAAGAAUAAUACAUGCAUACAAAUAGGAGGAAUGUAUUCAGUAGGUUAUAACCUUUGUAAUGAUACCUUACAAGAGACCUUUUGAAUAAAGCAUAUUCCAGUUACAUCAUAUUCACAUUCAUAAGCCUAUUUCCAUAAAACAUAUGGAGUGCAACGUCACACACAGAUUAUAUUUUUUUUACCCAGAAAUAUUUACUGUAAGCAUAAGGAUUGUUACAGCAGUGUUCAUUUUAAAAGUUGAAUACAUUUUUAAGGUCUGAGAAGAAUACACUUCAGAGGUCUGAGACAUUUUAUAGGACUGUUCCUACAUAAAUAUAUGCAUACAGUCUCAUAAAUCUCUCUAAUAAAUGGUAACAAAAACCACAGAACUAUAAAUUAAAUGCUAAAUAAUAAUACUGUUGUCCUUUGAGGCUAAAGUGAACUGGUUUCCACAGAGUUCACCCCUUACAUUUCAAUAUAGAUAUUAUUAAGGUGACACUGAAAAUAUCAGAAAAGCAAAAGACAUGUUUUAUAGAUAAUAGAUGAAAAUCACUUUAGUUUAAUUUGAAAACCUUUAUAUAGGUUUCUCAGCCUCUGCACUUUGUAAGUAAGGGAGCACUGGAAAGUCCUAUUUCCAAAUAUCUAAUUAUGCUGUUAAGAAAAACAUUAUCCUAUGAAGUGGAGCAUUUUAAUUUGUACUUUUUUACUGAAAAAACCUACUCAUGAUUUAGAAAAACAGACUAUCAAAAGUAUACCAGACAGACACUGAUUUUUUUCUUUUUACGUGAUAGCUCCCAGAAAUGUUAAGGUUUAUAAAACAUGAAAUACUUUGCUCUUGUAAUUGAAUGUGAUUUGUUUCUGUCUCCCAAACUUUUAACAUGCAAGUAUGCUAAUUAGCAUCCAUAAACAUCACUACUUUUUGCCAAUCUACACUAGUUACUACAUGUCACUUUUUAUAGGUGUUUGUAACAAAAUGAUUGUGCAUUCAAAAUAUAAGAAAAUAGCUUUAACACAUUUUUGCCAGUGCUUUUUACCUACACAGCUUUGAAUGAAAAUAAUGAAUUUUAUUAUCAUAUAAUGAUAUGUAGAUAUAGAUAUAGAUAUGUAAUGAUUUUCAAAAGAAUCAAGGCAUUGUAGGAUGUCAUAUUUACAGAGAAAAAUUAACCUGCCAGUCUAAGUCAACCACCUGUAUGGUAGAAUACAACCACCAUCCCACUCCAGCAACAAUUCACAGAUUUUUUUAAUAGGGGAAAUGAAAGCUCAGUUUUCCAGGUCAAAUAAAUAGAGGAAGUUAGGUAAGCAGAAUGUAGUUCCCUACACUGGAAUUUGGACAGGAUUCUGUGAUGAACACCCCUACUCUUGCAAACAGUACUAUGAGGUAUAUGAUGUCUACAGAUAAUGGUCAGAACUCAGUUUAAAACACAGUUCCCACUGUCAUUCUGCUGGACAGUACAGUUUUGGUUCAGUACAGUUUGGAAGGAUGGUCCCACCUACUGAAUUUCCAACUUCUCGAGCGUCAGGGUUUUCUUUGGUGAUCUCCCAUCCAAGCAUUGACCAGAUGUGGGCCUAAUUAUCAUAUGAGAUCUGAUAAAAUCUUAGCUUAAUGGAACCUCUGUCUCUUAUUUCCUUACCUAAAAGGGAUGGCAACAAGUUGUAGUAUCAUUGAAGACUUCCCUGUAUAGAAAUCAGUCAUUCUCAGCUCUGUCUGGUUCAGUUAUUGCUGUAAUCCUCCACCCAACUUCUUCCAGAAUGCCCCUAAUCCACAGUCCCCUAAACAUCAAGAUCAGGAAAUAAAACUCAGAUCAAUAAAAGUACACAUUGUAAAGACACCUGCAGCUUCAGUAUGUCAAGAAUAUAUAGUAUUCUUCAGUGGAAUUUACUUUGCUUAUAUCAGAGCUAAGUUUGGCCCAUAGCUUCUAGCUGUGCAAAGUAGUUUCAAAAUCAAGACUAGCCAAAAAUAUUGCAGCAAAUCAAUUUUUUUGAGAUGGUAACAUUUUUGUCUUUAAAAGCAAGUUUUGCUACAUAAUGUAAGACCUGGCAAUGACUCCAUUUCACUGAAUAAGUUUUUUAAUAAAAUUCUUUGUGGAUCAAACAAAUGGCAUCUUACAUUAAAUAACAGUAGUUUCUGGCUGGGAAGAAAAUGUGUGUGUUUGAAAUCAUUCUAUUUAUCAUUUAAAAAAUAAAAUGUUCUGUAAGUUAAUAGGUUGUAUCCUCUAAAUUAAGAUAUAUACAAUAUUUCACCACUUACUUGUCAAGCCAUUUUGAAAAAUACUAUCUGAGUCUUUGAAAGGACAUUCUGUUCUGGAAGGAAUCCAUUCAUCUCAAUGUAGUCCACUAUAAAUGUAGUGGUAGAAAUACUAUACAUAAUUACCUAGGGAUAGAUAGAUUAGAUGGUUAUUAAUAUCACUUUUUAUGUUAGUGCUAGGAAGCAAAUGGAAGAAACAAUAUUAUCUUAUUUGUAAAUAAAAUGCAAAGCA